AUGCCUACCGGCCUUCCCAAGUUCCACACUCACUCUGAUAUCCAUCUGUUUGAACUCAUCUUACCCUCUCCGCAAACACGACAAGCCGAAAUUUGUACUCAAAACCAGGGAACCGGGAGUGGUAGACGGCAGUCACUCAUGCUUAAACCUCCCGGUGACCCCGAAAGGGUACCCAAGUCGUCGGACGGAUUGGUAACUACCCUCAUGAUCAUCUAUGGGUACCAGGGACUUAACCCAGCAUACCGGCUCCGGGUUCGCAAAUCCUGA